CACUAUCAUGAGCUCCCCUCCAUUGCCCCUCCUCGAGGUAGGAGUUUCCCAAGAAGCUCAAGGGUAAAGGCCGCAUGUGACAUACCUAUCUUAGGUAUAUAUAAGUUUGGCCUCGUGCAAGCUCAAUUCCUCUUCUCUCUCUGAGUUUUAAACUGCCCUCUGCCGUCAGUUUAAACUCUCCCGCAAGUCCCGCAACAAAUAUCACCGUCAACAUGGCUCCCAAGAUCGCCAUUGUCUACUACUCCAUGUACGGUCACAUCCGUAAGCUCGCCGAGGCUGAGAAGGCCGGCAUCGAGUCUGCGGGUGGCACCGCCGAUGUCUACCAGAUUCCCGAAACCUUGCCAAGCGAGGUUUUGACCAAGAUGCAUGCUCCCGGCCCAGCCUCGGACGUUCCCACGCUUGAAGACCCGGCCACGCUUGAGCAGUAUGACGCUUUCUUGCUCGGUAUCCCGACCCGUUACGGAAACUUCCCUGCCCAAUGGAAGACGUUCUGGGACAAAACGGGUAAGCAGUGGGCUACCGGCGCCUACGCCGGCAAGCUGGCCGGCCUCUUCGUCUCGACUGCCUCUCUUGGUGGCGGUCAGGAGUCAACCUGCAUUGCCGCCAUGUCCACUCUCACCCACCACGGCAUCAUCUACGUGCCCUUUGGUUACUCAAAGGCCUAUCAGGACCUCGUUGAUCUUUCCGAAGUCCACGGCGGCUCCGCUUGGGGCGCCGGCACAUUCGCCGGCCCUGAUGGCUCCCGUCAGCCCUCGGAGCGCGAGCUCCGCAUUGCUCAGGUCCACGGCAAGAACUUCUACGAGAUUGCUGCCAAGCACUUUAGCUAGAUCCCCAUAGGGCUUCGCAGUACAUGCCGAUUUUCACGAAUAGAAAUAUGAACAGAGGAGCUACUGAGCCAAUUCACAUAAUUGGGAAUUCGUGCAGAGGCGGCAUUUGAGGAGUACCAACUUGUGACCAAGGGAGACUGGCAUAGACGGCUCGCUGGUGGUUUCUGAACAUGGUUCUGUGUCUACAUUCGCAUUGAGACCGUGGUCAUCACUUGGACAGACUGAUGGGAAGUUG